AUGGCAUCACCGCCACCAGAUCUUCACUUGAUUCCUGCGUUCCCUUCAGAAGCAGCUCAGAAGACUGGCAGAGCAUUCGCUGGAGCCACGCUAGCUCUGCUUGGAAUUGCUCUCGUUGUUUUUGGAGCACGCAUGUGGUCGCGAUGGCGGCCUGUGUAUCGGAUGCAGUUGGACGACUACGCCUGUGCUAUGGCAUACGUAUUGAUAGUGAUCAAUACAAGUCUUUUGCUUGCGGCCAUGCCUUAUACCUUCACACACCGACCGGACACGUUCUUUCUAUUCGACUCGCAAGAAGCAUUCCACAAAGCGUCUAUUGCACAACCGAUCUGGGCAUGGUCUAUGGUAUUCGUCAAAGUGUCGUUUGCUCUGAUGCUUCUCCGCAUCUCACCCUCGAAACCCCUUCGCCGUUUCCUCUGGGGCAUGAUUGUUCUCCAAAUCACACUCGGAGUGUACAACACAUUGGCAACUCUACUUCAAUGCGUUCCAGUCCGAAAAGCAUGGGACCUACUUGGCACAGUACCGGGACGCUGCUGGAGCAGCAAAGCAGUUAGGAUAAGCUCGAUAACAGUAUCCGUGAUACACAUCCUCACCGACUUCAUGCUCGCCCUCCUCCCCAUAUCUUUCCUCCGCCGGAUUCAGCGUCCCAUCCGCGAACGCGUAAUCGUAGGCGCACUAAUGGGCCUCGGUUUCUUUGCGGGCAUAGCUUCCAUCCUAAAGAUCGUCGCUGCCAUGGAUUUUGGUAAGACUGGAGACCAGUUGAACGAAAGCAUCACCAUCGGCAUGUGGUCCGUCAUCGAAGAGCUCGUAGGUUUUAUUGUGAUCUGUGUACCCUGUCUCCGCUCGCCGUUUCAACGCGCACUUCAAUACUGCGGCGUGAUUAGCGUACGUAUCAGACAGCAUACGCUUACCCGCGGCUAUGGGCGCACCUACGAAUCUGACGGGUUGGACAAACGGUAUGUUCGCAGUCAAAGUCAGAGUCGUCUUGCUACUAUUGAGGGAGAUGUCGAGUCGAGCUUCAAGAUGAAGGACUUGGGUACUGAGGCUUCGGAGGAUGAGAUGCAGUGGCGGAACAGUACCCAAGAGACGAGUUCUGGCAGGGGAGAGAUUUGGUGCACAAAGGAGGUCGUCGUGAAACAUGAUCCUAUCAGUCGUGUGCCCUCACACGAACGUAUGCAUGGUGGUGUGGAGGAAGCAUGGAAGGGCACAUCUGUAUCCAAUUCACCGAGUGGCCAGGUCUACUCACCCACCGUGGUUCCCUACAGCCAGUUUCAAUUCCCCCACGAUCCACCUCACUGGCCAAACUAUCCACAUCUUACAUUCCCAAGUUCAUAUCCAAACUUGAACUACCCCCAAGUCCCGUAUCAAGAUCUACACUCACUCAUCAUGGAUCACGGUGAGCACUCGUACAGAAAAGGUGGACAAAAGAUAGGUAAUAAGUCCCUCCUGCUACGCUUUAGCACCUAUUUUAAUCAACCGGACAACUCAGCAUAUGGUCACAAUCCUGCGAGGCCUGUCGAACAGUGCCAGCCUUCGACUCCAGCGCAAAGCUACAGUACUAUAAAUCCCGUCGAACAGCGCCAUGACUCUCUCACUAAGCCUGGCACUGCGAGCGCAUCACCUGAUGGCUCGGUUCCGCCGGGUUGGAAAGGUAGUCGCAUUCCUUCAAACAACGUUCCGAGGAAGGCGCCGCUUGCAGCUCGCUCUUCAGACCAGACCUCUCCUACCACAGCCCGGAAGACUCCGAAAGGAAGGCCGGAAAGGACAGUCAGUGGACCGAUAGAGACUCCGGAGCACAUAACACGAGCCCGGGUGCGCCAACAGCAAUCUUUCGAAUCAUCAUCUGGAGCCUCUAGGCGUGGACUUCUGCAACUCAAUGAUGAGAACCAGGCUGCUGCUCAACCUCCCAUAGGGUUCUUCGCGCCUCCACAGGUAUUACCUUCACCGGCGCCACCGAAACCUGGAAGACUGCGUCCGCGACACACCUACGAAGUACCCACAGAGUUGGUAGGCACGAAGACCGCACUAGGUCCGGAUAACUGGGAUAAAUACGUAUAUCUCAUGGAACGACUUCAUUACAACGAAAUCAGCGCCCACGAGUUCGACAGUCGCGCUAAAUCCAUCUUCCAGGUUUUUGGUGAGAAGACGCGAAAGAAGCUGAACAAUAUUCUGGUAAUGAAGAUGAUAUUGCCACGCCUUGAAGAGAUUGAGUUGGAAGGCAGGGGACAAACCACUAAGAGUGUGGAGAACAACUAG